AUGAGUAUUGAACAAGUUUGGAAUGAGUACAAACAGCAACGUGAUGGUGAUUUUUUCACAGAUAACGUUUCUGUAGUUUUUGUACCCACGGCCGCUGGAGCUAGAGGAUAUGAAGAUGCAAGAAAAUUUCUCUCGGCCGCUUACGAUACUCGAGUACUUAAUGUGAAAGAAAACGUUCUGCAUCAAACUAUUGGUCAAAACUCUAUUGUUGAAGAGUCAGAAACAACCGUUAAAUUUGUUGCUGGCGAAGGAGCUUGGCUUGUGCCAGGAGUUGAUAGCAGAUAUACGGAGGAUAACCACGUUGUUUUUCCAACGGUAAAUGUUUGUGAAAGGCAAGUGGAUGCAGUGAAGGAUGCUUCAAAUGCUGUACUCAAUCCAUUUGGUAGAGUCGAGCCGGCCGCUGCUCGUAUGAAUCCUAAUCAAAUAUCGGGUGGUCGUCGUAAUGUUCAUACCAGCAGUCGUGUCAAUCAACCUGGUGGUACCGGUGGUAAAUCCACGAUUUUCGACCAUGAACCAGAUGACCAUGUGACAAACCGCCGAUUCAAUUCGAACAAGAAUCAGUCACAAUUCUCUAUUGGUGAUGAUCAAGCUCAACCGAAUCGUGAUCCUAUACAGCAUUCUCAAAAAAAGAUCAAUCCUAAUUCCAAUGCAUCACAAAUUCAGAUUGGUGACGAUGGCGGAGAUGUUGAAAAUGUGGGAAUAAGCCGUUAUGGCAAGAGACGUGGUCAAAAUCAAUAUGAGCCCACUACUGGAAUUACUGAUGAUGGAUCAGCCGCACCUCGCAAUAAUAUCAGGACUUCAAGCCGGCAAGUAUUAGAUUAG